UCUGUGUUGUCUACAGGGCGAGACAGGAGGACCAGGCCAGAAGGGCAGUAAAGGAGACAAAGGAGAAUCUGGCCCUUCAGGACCUAUUGGAAUCCAGGGACCUGUCGGCCAUCCAGGGUUACCAGGUGUGGACGGGGAGCCGGGGCCGAGGGGCCAGCAGGGGAUGUACGGGCCGAAGGGAGACGAGGGAGCGAGAGGCCACAAGGGGGCCACAGGACCSACUGGACUACAGGGCAUGCCAGGACUCCCAGGAGAGAAGGGAGACAGUGGACACGUGGGCACGAUGGGCCCUCCAGGACAACAUGGCCCCAGAGGCCCCCAGGGGUCCAUCGGUGGAGAGGGCACUGCUGGCCAGCCUGGUGGAGUGGGCCAGCCUGGGAUCGUUGGAGAGAAGGGGGAGGAUGGAGAGGCUGGGGACCCGGGACCAGUUGGAGACACUGGUGCCGCUGGUGGUAAAGGGGAGCUGGGGGAGAGGGUGACUCUGGCCCCUCCGGAGCAGCAGGACCUGCAGGAGUCAAGAGGUACGCCAGGGGAGGACGGACCAAAGGAAACCCUGCUGAGUAGCAAUCUCUUAUACUGUGUGUGGUUGUGUUUCAACUCUGACCCUUUGUUCUGCUGUCCUCAGGGACCCCCAGGAGCCUCUGGAGAACCGGGCCCUUCAGGGCCCCCCGGGAGAAGGGGCCACUUGGGAGCUGCUGGAAAAGAAGGGAAACAAGGAAUGAAGGGAGCAAAGGGGACCAAUGGGGUUGAGGGUCUGGUGGGGAAGAAAGGGCCAGUGGGGCCCCAGGGACAUUCAGGGAAGCCUGGCCCAGAGGGCCUCCGAGGGAUCCCAGGCCCCGGGGGACCGCCAGACUGCAGUUUGAAAGGAGACCCGGGGCAGAAAGGGAGAUAG